AUGGGGGACGAUGAAUAUUUUACCCUGGAUGAGUUAGUUUCGUCUGAGACUAGCGAAAGCGCCGUCGUCUAUGGUGCGAUUGAGGACGAAGAAGAAAAGUGCACGUUUCCAAAGGGUUAUCUUAAAAGACAAGCGGUUUUUGCAUGCAAAACCUGUUAUGAAAUAACUGGCAAGAGGGCAGGUGUUUGUUACGAAUGUUCCAUGCACUGUCAUGCGGCUCAUGAGAUUAUUGAGCUCUAUACUAAGCGUCAUUUUCGUUGUGAUUGUGGGAACAGCAAGUUCAAGGGUGCUGGCGUGUGCAGUCUUUGGGAGGAGAAAGAUGAUGUGAAUAUUGAAAACAAAUACGAUCAUACGUUUGAUGGGGUCUUCUGCACCUGUUUGCGUCCGUAUCCUGACCCUGAAAUUAAAGAAAACGAAGAGAUGUAUCAGUGCUCAAUUUGUGAAGACUGGUUUCAUUUACAACAUCUAAAUAUGCCGUUUGACUUCCAGCCCAAUGAUGAUUUCGAAGAGCUGGUCUGUCCGAACUGCGUAAAGCGAUUUCCGUUUCUUUGGUUGUUCUACUAUUGCCAAAUGCAAUCAAGGAAUGCGGAAAAUGCGAACCACUUUAGUGAUUGUUCAUCACCCAAAAAAGCUAAACCUGACGAUAUUAUUAACCAGCCUGAAGCCCCUGGUAGUACAGAAGCGUGUCGAGUUCCGUACGUUCUGUCCGUAUGCGGUGUCGAAAAAUUGGAUCCACCACCAGCGGACAUGGUACGACUAACAGUCAACGGUUUUCCUUUCCCAUCUCCAAUAUUCUGGUGUAACGAUUGGCGCACGGAUACGUUAUGUGAUUGUAAUUCCUGCGAGAAAAUGCUCGAAAACAUGGGUCUCGAAUUUCUCUUGGAUCCUGAGGACUCGGUUGUGCAUUACAUGGCAGUUGGCCGCCAGAGGGUUGCUGAGCUUCACGCACGACGUGAAAGUAUCUGUCGGUUUAAAGAGGCGCUUACUAAUUUCUUGACCAAACCGCGCGAACAAAACGUCGUCACGGAGGAGGAAGUUAAAGAGUUUUGUGAGGAUUUGAAGAAAGACCUGUAA